AGCCGAGCGUGGCGUGGUGUGGUGCGGUGCGGUGCGGUGCGAGCGCCGUCGGGGCUGAGCCGCCCGCCCCAGCCGGGCUGCGGCCGCCCCUCGCCCCGAGGCCGGGCCUCCGCGGAGCCAGGCACAGAAAAUGGGUAAUAACUGAAGACAACCUCACAGCAGGAAAGUGAGAUCAGAUUGGCAAUGCAUCAGUGAGUGGCAUGAUUGAAGACAAGACAAAAAGCAGGCUACAGCAAAAGAACACACAAGCCCUGGCAAACCAGACAGAUGCCCUGUAAAGAAGAUUUCAUACCACUGCCAUACGCUUAAUACGGUCCAGAAAUAUUUUUCAUAUGCUAAGACUACAACUUCAACUGUUGGAUACAUAAAUUUUGUCAGUAACUGGAAAGGUGCAAACUUCAUAUUUUCUCCCUGAAACUAGGUUACAACUGAAGACAUCAAGAUGAUUCCAAAUUACUCUACUGAAGAAACCAUUAAAAGAAUCCACGUCGACUGUCCUGUUUCAGGAAGGCACAGUUACAUCUACGUCAUGGUUCCAACUGUUUAUAGCAUCAUCUUUAUCAUAGGCAUAUUUGGGAACAGCCUGGUCGUUAUUGUCAUUUACUGCUACAUGAAAUUAAAAACAGUAGCCAGCAUCUUUCUUCUAAACCUGGCACUGGCUGACUUGUGUUUUUUAAUAACUCUGCCACUCUGGGCAGCUUACACGGCCAUGGAGUACCAGUGGCCUUUUGGCAACUGUUUAUGUAAGUUAGCAUCAGCGGGGAUAAGUUUCAACCUGUACGCCAGUGUGUUCCUCCUCACAUGCCUUAGUAUUGACCGGUACCUGGCCAUAGUACACCCAGUGAAGUCCCGAAUUCGACGUACCAUAUUUGUUGCCAGAAUAACUUGCAUUGCCAUCUGGCUUCUCGCCGGUGUGGCCAGUUUGCCUGUCAUCAUUCACCGUAAUAUAUUCUUUGCUGAGAACUUGAACAUGACAAUCUGCGGUUUUCGGUAUGACAACAAUAACACAACACUCCGGGUUGGGUUAGGUUUAUCCAAAAAUUUGCUGGGCUUUUUAAUUCCUUUUCUGAUCAUAUUAACGAGCUACACCUUAAUUUGGAAGACCCUGAAGAAGGCAUAUCAAAUUCAAAAAAAUAAGACUAGAAAUGAUGAUAUUUUUAAGAUGAUUGUGGCAAUAGUAUUUUUCUUCUUCUUUUCCUGGAUUCCUCAUCAAGUGUUCACUUUUCUGGAUGUAUUAAUUCAAUUACAUGUAAUAACAGACUGCAAAAUCACUGAUAUUGUGGAUACGGCUAUGCCCUUCACCAUUUGCAUCGCUUACUUUAACAACUGUUUGAAUCCUUUUUUUUACGUUUUUUUUGGAAAAAACUUUAAAAAAUACUUCCUUCAGUUAAUAAAAUACAUUCCACCAAAUGUCAGUGCACAUCCAAGCCUAACAACAAAAAUGAGCUCUCUCUCAUAUCGGCCACCGGAAAAUAUACGCUUGCACACUAAAAAGACUACUGGGUCUUUCGACACCGAGUGAUGUGUUUUGCAAUAUACUUUUUUUGAACAACCUUGUCAACGAAGCAGCAAGAACGACAAAAUUCAUCUGCAGUCCUGAACAUGACAGCUUACUGCUCAUUACAGAAACAUUAGAUCACCACAGAGAAAUCAUACUGUAAAGAUUUAGCAGUGGCCUUUUAUUUUACAUUGUGAAGAGGGCGCUUGGUCUUCACUUUGUUUUUCUUUACUGAAAGCAACAUAAACAGUGGACAGGCAUGUCAGAGUUUCUGUCAGCAUCUUGCCAUUUACUCAGAACUGCAAACGAAGGGUAGAGAAAACUCCUACCUUAAGUUCAGAGGUCUUUUUAAAGGAAAAGCUUGUAUAAAUUACAUGAAUUAUGAAGGACCUCUUUUGCACAUACAUGAGCUAUUCCAAAUUUUGUUCAAGGAAUUGAUGGAGCUACACUGCUUGUUUUGUUGGGGGUUUUUUUAAAUGACAUAAGUGUCAUAUCAUAUUUAUAAUAUAUUUUCAAAUAUAUGCUAUACAUAGAGGCCCAAUUUUAAACUCGAAUGGAAAUUUAAGGUCCUUGAAAUUGGUCUCAUUCUGAUUUAUGCUACUAUUUUUCAUUUUUUA